CUCUGGUCAACUUUUCUGUCCAGGGCACGUACAAUGCAAGGACCUGCCCUUGUUGAGGAGCACGACCUCCGACGAUUGGAGUCUUUAGCCCUGAAUGGACGAGAGAUCAAAAACAUCGCAGCAAUUGCACAUGCUCUCGCCGAGGCGAAUGCCAGCCAAGUGAGCUAUAAAUACCUGGACGACACGGUAUGCUCCCAUUCACAUGCCAAUUGGACACCACUCUGGCCCUCGCAGCGGCACCCACCAUCCGGGAGGAUGAGGCCGUACCGCAGCAUGAUCUGGGCGAACAAAAAGACAUUGCCGCACAGACAGGUCGAUGUUGCAUCCCCCGACAUCACUGCCGUGCUGCUGUUCACACCAUCGCCGACGCUCGCGAUAUCUGUAUACAUUCCACCGGAGAGAGGUCUCGAUGGAACUUGGACGUUAACUCAAGGGCUGGAAGCAAUCCGGCAUGCCCAUCAACGGGUCCGGAGGGAGUACGGGGACAAGAUUGGUAUCCUCAUCGUCGGAGACUUUAACCGCCACGAUCAGCUCUGGGGAGGAAAUCGUGUGGCAACGCGGCGCCGUCAGGGCGAAGCGGAACCAAUUGUGCUCCUCAUGGCAGACUGGGGCCUAACAAGUUUACUGCCCCGAGGGAUCUUCACCCGGGAGGAAGGCCCACAUCGGUCGACCAUCGAUCUUGUCCUCGCGUCGACGGAGCUGAGCGGACGGGUCACACGGUGUCGCGUCCACCCCGUUGAGCAUGGGUCAGACCAUCGUGCAAUUGAAACAACCUUCCAGAGCGAAGCGCGACCAACGCUCCCCCCGACAACCCGCUUCUCAUUCCGCGAAGCUCCAUGGGCCGACAUCAACAGGGAGUUAAAAGACCUAGAGACGGAGAUCAUAGAUAUCACAGACCGCUCAGAACUGGACGCGACUGCGGGGCGCUUGACUAGCAGGAUCAGCUUAGCAAUUCGUCAGCUAGUCCCGGUUGCGCGGCCAUCCCCAUACAGCAAACGAUGGUGGACUCCGGAGUUAACGGCAUUGCGAGACACGUACACAUGGGCCCGAAAUCGGUGCACGCGAGCUCAGCGGUAUGGAGUCGACCUUGCUGCGCUGGAAGACACCGCAUCAUACCUGCGGGGACAGUACCACCGAGCAAUCCGUGACACCAAGCGACGGCAUUGGAGAGAGUUCCUCGACAAUACCGACAACAUUUGGAAAGCGGCACGAUACCUCCAGCCGGGAGAUCGUUCCAUGGGGAUAGUCCCCACUCUGCGCUCAGGUGACCAAACGAUUAAUGAUGAUCAGGGAAAGGCCCAUGCACUCCUUGAGACCUUCUUUCCCCCGCUGCCCAAUAUCCAGGAUGAGUCGCCGAGAGACAGGCCGCUGCCGGACGCCCUUCCAAUGGAAACGAUUACCCCACACGAGAUCGAGGUGGCUCUGAUGAGGAUGGCGUCGUGGAGAGCCCCCGGACCGGAUGCGCUGCCGGUGGUGGUGUGGCAACAAAUAUGGCCUACUGCGAAACACUGGGUCGUCGAAAUCUUUCAAGCGUCACUCCGAUUCAGCUACUUCCCUAGCGUCUGGAAGGUUGCUAAGAUCGUGGUGAUACCGAAGGGAGGACGUGACCCAUCGCUACCGAAGUCAUACCGCCCUAUCUCGUUGUUGGCGACGCUUGGAAAGGUGCUGGAAGCAGUCGUCGCCAACAGAAUCGCAGCCCUAGUCGAAAAACACCAGCUACUGCCCCCGAAUCACUUCGGGGCCCGGCGGAGGCGGUCAUGCGAGCAAGCGCUCAACAUUCUCAUGGAAAAGAUCCACGAUGCGUGGCGCGAGGGCAAAGUCCUCAGCCUCGUGAGCUUCGAUGUGAAGGGUGCCUACAACGGGGUGGACCCGGACGUUCUGUUACGGAGACUGCGAGAGCGACGGAUCCCUGAGACCCUGAUCCGGUGGGUCGGUAGCUUCUGCUCCUACCGGCGCGCUACGAUCGCCGUGAAUGCGUACCAGUCCGAGGAAAUGGCCAUCCACCACGCGGAAGAAAGGAGCGAUCGCAUUCGUCGACGAUUAUACACGAUGGACGGUGGGCUCGUCGGCCGAGGCGAACACAGCAACGCUCCAGCGGAAGGUCAUUCCGCGGGCGUUAGAGUGGGCGGCGCGGUCUGGCGCAGCAUUCGAGGCCGAAAAGACAUCAUUCACUUCACGAGGAACCAGCGGCAUCGCCAACUCCCCGCGGUUCCGUUAUACGUGGAUGGAGCGAUUGUUGCCCCGGCACCUGAAGUUAAGAUUCUUGACGUGAUACUCGACCAGGAUCUACGGUUUAAAUCACAUAUCGGAAGGGCGGCGGGCAAGGGAAUGAAAGCCGUCCUUGCACUAAGGCGUCUGCGGGGGCUGCCACCAUCUGUGGCUCGCCAGCUAUUCAUCUCAACGGUUGCAUCGAAGAUCGACUAUGCAGCGUCGGUGUGGUGCUCGAUGCGAAAGGAUACUAUCGUCGCCCCGGGAAUUGGACGGCCGUUCGAAGCUACCCAGCGGGUUGCGACGCAGGCAAUAACUGGCGUGUUCCGAAAUACGGCUCUCGCCAUUGCGGAAGCGGAGGCGGGGAUUGAACCGACUAUCGUACGCCUUCGAGCACGCAUCGUGAAGCACUGGAUCUCCUGUCACACCCUACCGAAGGACCAUCCUUUCUGGUCCUGUCGAGCGUCUGCAGCAAUGCAGGAGGGAAGUUACCUGUCACCGUUCAAGAUUUUGGCGAAACAUGGGCCACAAUGCUUGUCCGACCUAGAGGUCAUUCGGCCCUUCCCUUUAGACCCGUGGCAACGGUCUCUCAGUGAUUUGAUCACCACCGUUGGAUCGAAUAUGCAUGAGUUACAUGAAGCCGGCCAUGCCCGCCUGUGGCUGUUCACCAGCUUCAGCGUCCGCAAUGGUCUGAUCGGAGCCGGGCUGGUUGUUCGCGUUAACCAAGUCGACAUUGUCUCGUCGAACCGGACGGUCGGCAGCGACGAUACGCUCAACGCUCACUACGCCCAUAUAGGGGCGGUGUUGGAGGCUGUCUCGUACAUCGAGACGAUGCUCCCUCGUAUCCAGAUGUCACCGUGGAAAAUGCACAUUACGAUUGUUGUGAACAACCCUACGGUCCUGCUAUCGCUCGCAAAGCCACAUCUCCAGGGCGGACAGGCUCUGAUCACCCAGAUUACGGAGGGAAUCAAUAGACUGACGGAGAUGGGCGCUAAGGUCAACCUGCAGCCACCUACAGAAGAGGACAGUGAGAAUACAGCACCAGCGCAUAGCCUAGCACGCGAAGCAACAACGGAGAACAGCGAAGUUAACCCCCCGCCAUGGGCGCGAGUCCAGCUCCGGGCGUCCGCGUUGCGAUGGGCACGGGCCAAUGCUCAACGGCACCGGAAGGAUAACUUCCAACAGUCGACCACUGGCCAGUUUACACGCCAGCUGGAUUCUGCUCUCCCAGGACCUCAUACGGAGAUGUUAUAUGAUUGUCUGAACCGGGAGAAAGCGUCGAUACUAGCUCAACUCCGCACGGGGUAUGCCAGAUUCAAUGGGUAUCUUCAUCGUAUCGGCCGGAGUGAUAGCGAUUUGUGUGUAUGUGGCGUCGAGCGAGAAACGGUGGCGCACUUCCUGCUCCGAUGCACACGAUGGAACGAACAGCGUCGCGCGCUUAUUGAAGCAGCGGGCCCUCACUUUGGUAGCCUGCCAUGGAUGUUGGGAGGGAAAGCGGAGAGGGUAGACGGGGCAAGUGAGCCUAAUGGGAGAACAUGGAAGCCCGAUAUCAGAAUCGUCAGAGCUGUCAUCGCGUUCGCAAUGGAGACAGAACGAUUGGUUGUUGAAGGGUGA